UGGCCGAGCUGUGCGACGACUACUCGCUCGUGGACAACGAGUACUUCUUCGACCGGCACCCGCGCUCCUUUGGCGCCGUGCUCAACUUUUUCCGCACGGGCAAGCUGCACCUAGUCGAGGAGAUGUGCGUGAUGGCUUUCAGCGACGACCUGGAGUACUGGGGCAUCGACGAACUGUACCUGGAAUCGUGCUGCCAGCACCGCUACCACCAGCGGAAGGAGCACGUGCACGAGGAAAUGCGCAAGGAGGCCGAGUCCCUGCGCCAGAGGGACGAGGAGUACUUCGGCGAGGGACGGCGCGCCCAGUUCCAGAAGUUCCUGUGGGACCUACUUGAGAAGCCCACGUCGUCGUUGGCCGCGCGGGUCGUGGCCGUGCUGUCCAUCCUGUUCAUCAUCCUGUCGACGAUCGCGCUCACGCUCAACACGCUGCCCGAGCUGCAAGAGCGAGACCACAAGGGCGAGGUGGUGGACAACCCCAAGCUGGCGCUCGUGGAGGUGGUGUGCAUCACGUGGUUCACGCUAGAGUAUCUGCUGCGUUUCCUGUCAUCGCCCAACAAGUGGAAGUUCUUCAAGGGUGUCCUAAAUGUGAUCGACCUGCUGGCCAUCCUGCCGUACUUCAUCUCGCUCUUCCUGACGGAGACGAGCACCAAGAAGCAGGACCAGUUCCAAGACGUGCGGCGUGUGGUGCAGAUCUUUCGCAUCAUGCGCAUUCUGCGCAUCCUCAAGCUAGCGCGGCACUCUACAGGCCUGCAGAGUCUGGGCUUUACGCUCCGCAACAGCUACAAGGAGCUUGGCUUGCUCAUGCUGUUUCUGGCCAUCGGUAUUAUGAUCUUCUCCAGCCUGGCCUACUUCGCAGAGAAAGAGGUAGCCGACACCAAGUUCACCAGCAUCCCGGAGACUUUCUGGUGGGCAAGUAUCACCAUGACGACGGUCGGCUACGGGGAUAUCUGUCCGACCACGCCUCUGGGCAAGAUUGUCGGUAGCGUGUGCUGCAUCUGCGGUGUGCUCGUCAUCGCGCUGCCCAUCCCCAUCAUCGUCAACAACUUCGCCGAGUUCUACAAGAACCAGAUGCGCCGAGAGAAGGCGCUCAAGCGCAAGGAGGCCCUGGAGCGCGCCCGCCGGGAGGGCAGCAUCGUCUCCUUCCACCACGUGAACCUGAGGGACGCCUUCGCCAAGAGCAUGGACCUCGUCGAUGUGCUCGUGGACACGGGCCACGGCGUCGGACAGGGUGACGCGGCGAGUCUGGGCGAGGACUCCGGGCGGCUGAACACGGGUUGCUACCGGAACUUCGACCACGCGCUGGCCGGCGGCUGUGGCAUGCGCACCCGGGGGGACUCGAACCCGGUGCUCGUGCCCCUGGCCGGACUGUCCGAAGGCCCUGCCGACGCCCCCCAACAGCAGCAGCAGCAGCACCCGCCGCCGCUCAACUCCCUCAGCGGGGUCGGCCACGCGGCAUCGAGCGUCGCGGGCCCCGGAUACGCAUCGCCCGUGGGACGAGCGCGUAGCGCCCCGCACUAGAGCCUCCAAGAGCGAUCCCCGCGUGGAUCAGGCCUUCGUCCCGCCCGUGCCGUGGCGGCGGCUCCCAGCGCAAGACGGCCAAGGAGGUGAAGGAGUUCCUGGACCAGGAGGACUCCCUGGGCGCCGUCGACUUCCGGGCCAAC